UCUUCGGUUCAAAGAGCUUUUAGCAUGGUUGCAGUCGAUAAGAAAAAGGUUAUUUCGUCAAUUUUAUCAGACGUUAAUUCUAAAACGGUGACUAUUGUGUUUCAAUAGGUAUCCUUUUCUUUAGUAAAAAAAUCCAAAUGACUUUUCCGUGAAGAGACGAGCAUUUUUGGAAAAUUAUUCCUUUUGCUUAAGUGAUAGAGUGCUAAAUAUUCUCGUGAAGUGUACAAAACCGUGAAGAAAUGCCUGUGUGCGACCGACCUCGGAAGCCGCUGGUCGGUGUCAUAGACGAUGGAACCAAGACAGUCAGAUUUGUGGUAUACGAAGCGGAGUGCUCCGAGGAGUUGGCCUCUCAUGAGCUCGACAAGUCCAUCAGUCAGCCCAAGGAGGGUUGGUACGAGCAAGAUGCCCAUGACAUAGUGGACAAGAUAAGGACAUGCGCUGAGGUGGUGGUGGAAAAGUUGACGGAGUUGGGUUACACGAAGGAUGAUAUCGUGGCGCUAGGUAUCACAAACCAGAGGGAGACCACAGUGGCCUGGGACAAAUACACAGGGAAACAGUUGCACAAUGCGAUCAUAUGGAACGACAUACGAACAGACAGUACCGUCGAUGCCACUAUAGCUAAAGUCCCAGACCAGAAUAAGAACUACCUCAAGCAUAUCUGUGGGCUACCAAUAAGCCCGUACUUUAGUGCGUUGAAGAUGAGAUGGAUGAAAGACAACGUGAAGAGUGUGAGAAGAGCUAGCAGGGAUAAGAGAUUGCUGUUUGGAACGAUAGAUGCUUGGAUACUUUGGAACUUAACUGGUGGUCCAGUGGGUGGGGUACACAAGACUGACGUGACAAAUGCGUCGCGAACGAUGCUGAUGAAUCUAGAGACUGUUAACUGGGAUCCUAUGUUGUGCAGGUUGUUCGGUAUACACAGAGACACACUGCCGCAAAUCAAAAGCAGCUCGGAGUACUUUGGUACCGUUAGAGACGGCUCCAUAUUGGAUGGAAUCAAAAUUACAGGGAUAUUAGGCAACCAACAAGCAGCGCUGCUAGGUCAGAGCUGUAUGAGGGCAGGUCAGGCCAAGAACACGUACAGGAGCGGGUGUUUCCUCCUGUACAACACGGGGGCGAGACGAGUGCUGAGCUCGCACGGUCUACUCACUACGGUUGCGUACAGACUGGGACCUAACGCGCCCGUGGUGUACGCCUUAGAAGGCUCAAUAGCAGUAGCCGGUGGGGCAAUUAAGUUCCUCCGCGACAACCUCAAGUUGUGCGAAGAGGGGGAAGAGGAGAUUGGCGCGGCGCGUGUAUCUUCCACUGGGGAUGUAUACUUCGUGCCCGCACUCAACGGGCUAUACGCACCGUAUUGGCGGAAGGACGCUAGGGGUAUAAUAUGUGGCCUGACAUCGUUCACUACAAAGAACCACAUAAUACGGGCGGCCUUGGAGGCUGUGUGUUUCCAGACACGUGACAUAUUAGAAGCCAUGGACAAGGACUGCGGUAUGCCGCUCUCCAACCUCCAUGUAGACGGCCGGAUGAUAUCCAACAGGCUACUGAUGCAAUUACAAGCAGAUCUUAUAGGGAUGCCAGUUUUAAUAGCGCGUUCGUGGGACAUGUCGGCGCUGGGGGCGGCUGUGGCGGCGGGCGCGGCGGUCGGCGCCUGGGACCUGGAGCAGUGGGCGGCGCGCGCGGCCGACGCCGACCCGCUGCUGCCCACCACCACCGUCGACGAUCGCAACGCCAGAUACACGAAAUGGAAGAUGGCGGUCCAGAGAUCCCUCGGUUGGGCCACCACCAAGAAAUCCCUGGCUAUGACAGGUCAGAAACGACACAGUCUAUCCCACUCCGACGUAUCCCCUCCCGACAGUAGACAACAUUCCAUAGACGACGCGACCAUAGACAGGAUGACAGACGUCAAACUGACAGAUGCGAAAGUGACAGAUGACGUGUUUAUAGAGGAGCUAAUGCAGUAUUCAGCGCGAAAAUUCUCCAUAUUCGUCCCGCUCAAGUCGCCCAAAGACGAGCAUACGAUUUUAGACGACGCGGACUAUUAUAUGAGUAAGAAAGAGUGCGAUUACGGUGUUUGUCAGUGUUGUGAGAAAAGAAAGAAAUUACACACGGACUGGCAAACCAUAGAGGAUAUUAUAGAGAACGAUCCAGAGAUAAUAUUCGAUGAGGAGGACCAUCCUAUUGUGUUAGAGAAAAGUAUAGUACCUACCGGUCCAGUUGUUGGUAUAGGCGUUAGUUUGAAAAAGAGAUUCCCUCUGCACCGGUUACCAUCUAUAUUUAGGAGUAUAACCAACAAGAUCACGCACAAUUUGAAGUAGACUUGUAGUUUAAGGGUCAAUUCAGACCGCAAUGCGACCCGUAGAUGCAUUUCUA